AUGGGCAGAAGUUUAAUCUUGGCCCCAACGGAAACAAGCUGUACCGGUCCUCACGAGGAAGAAUCUGGGAGUGUCAAAGAAAAUAUUAGAAGCGGGAUAUCUCAGAGAUCAAAGGAAGAUAGCUUAGAAGAAAAAAGAUCAAAACCACACGACGGAAAUAUUGAAAAUGAACAGCCCGAGAAGGCAAUUGCUCCUUUGACGGGCGUCCGAUUCUACGUCUGCUUUGGUUCGUUGGCGCUGUCACUUUUUUUGGCUGCUUUGGAUAUUUUGAUUGUAGGAACGAUUAUGGAAACCGUCGCUGCCAAAUUUAACGGGUACAGUCUGACCGGGUGGCUUGUCACCGGUUAUAACCUGCCUAAUGCGCUUUUGAGUCUACUAUGGGGCCGCUUGGCAACAGUGUGGGGCUUCAAAGCUUCUAUGCUUUUGUCAAUUGUGGUGUUUGAAAUAGGGUCCCUGGUAGCCGCUCUAGCCAAAUCUAUGAACAUGUUAAUCGCGGGAAGAGUUGUCGCGGGCUUUGGCGGUAGUGGGAUCCAAACUUUGUGCUUUAUUAUCCUCUCAACAUUGGUUACUGAUCGAACGAGAGGCACUGCGGUAUCCAUACUGAGCUGCGCUUUUGCUGUUGCUUCGAUUGUGGGCCCCUUUUUAGGUGGAGCCUUUGCUACACAUGUUACGUGGAGAUGGUGUUUCUAUAUCAAUUUGCCAAUAGGAGGGUUGGCCUUUGUUGUUUUCCUGCUCUCCUACAAUCCUGAUCGCGAAAACACUUACGAGAAUUUCAAAAUCUUGAUGAACAGGGUGAGAAGAGCUCCGUAUAACGAAGUGCUGAAGCCCAGUUUCUACUUCAAGCUGUAUCGAGCCGUGGUCUUCAAGUUUGAUUUCAUCGAGUUUGCCCUUUGUUCUGCUGGCUUCACACUCAUUCUGCUCGGACUAACUUUUGGAGGAAACAGAUACAGCUGGAGUUCCGGGUCCAUUAUUGCUUAUUUUGUUGUUGGCAUUCUGCUUGUAAUAGCCAGUCUGAUUUACGACUUUGUCGUAUUUGAUAGGAUUAAACCCAAUACAGAACAUAUCCCAUACAUGCCGCUACUUUCAUGGAGGGUCAUCUCGAAACCGGGCGUCCUUAUCCCUAACAUUGCCACCUUCUGCACAUGUUUUGCUUACAACUGUCAGAUUGUCUACAUCGUCCAGUACUUCCAGCUCGUUUGGGGAGACUCACCCUGGAAAGCCAGUGUCCACUUAAUUGCUCCGGUAAUUGCCACUGUUAUAUCAUUAGUGUUUUGUGGGGCUAUACUUAAGAAUACAGGUCAAGUUAAAGCUGUUUUGGUUCUCGGAGGGAUAAUUGGUGCUGUGGGCUCAGGAAUCUUAACCUUACUCAGUCCAAACUCUAACAAUUCUGCUAAAAUUGGCCUGCUCAUUCUACCGGGUGUGUCUUUUGGUUGCAUUCAAAAUGGUGCUAUGCUGAGUUCACAGAUCCAAAUUCCUAAAGACCAUCCUCUUUUUAAGUUUGAUUUUAUCUCAGUGACUACCUUCAACGCUUUCACAAAGAUGUUGGGCACAGCAUUCGGCGGAAUUCUAUCGAACACGGUCUUUACGACCUCAGUGCAUAAUCAACUCUCCAAAAUUCAACCGCCUUCAGCUCAUAGCAGCUCUGUUGACGAACUCAUCAGUUACUGGUAUACAAAUUAUGGUGGGAGAGACUCGAAGGAAGUACACAUCUUUAUGAAAGCCAUAAAAGAUGUUUUUUGGAUGGGCCUCGGGCUUGCGGCCUUGGCCACAAUCGCAUGUAUAUUUUCCUCAAACAAAACAUUAGGGUCCAAAAAACCUGUGCCUGACUCCGAAACCAAUGAGAAAUAG